UGCUUCAGCUCAAGAAACUGUUCACUUUAGGGGAAACGAAGAACAAGAUUUCCUUCAUCCGGAGGAGCAACAAAGCGAUGUUGAAAAUUUCUGUAAAGAAUUCAUUAACAAUGGAACAGAUGAAACCUCAAUCAAUGGAUGGAUGUGAAGAAUCCGAACGAGAAACCGCGUAAUUCGCUCGUUGAUCGAACAGGUCGGCUUCUUUCAGGUCAGAAACUCGAAAGGCCUUCUCUACUGCAGCAUACGCUAAAUCAUGAAAGCGCCAUUUCAACGGCUUCAUAUUUGAUUAUAGAGACAGUUGCUAUUGGCCAUUUUCAUGUCGCCGUCACGAUCUGGCUCUAUCUCAAUUUAGGCCUCUUUUUGUCUCGAAAAGAUCCAAAGAUUAUCAUAAAAAUGGAAGGAAGGGGUGUAUCAGAAUUAUAUAGAAAUGCAAGUGAGGAGCUAUUUCUUAAAUCUUGGGGGGAAAACUCAAUCGGAAUGUCAACACCAACCAUGGAGAUGAUGGGAUUUAAGAAUCUUUCUCAGAGCUUCCGUACAGAUAGUGAGGAACUUUUCAAAAGCUGGCUAACAAAUGGAGAGAACGUCAACAACUCAUCUGGUUCGGCUUAUCGCAUUCGACAAGCAUCAAGAAGGAUUUCCUCUGAGAUUGUUGACCUGUCUAGUCCUCAGUAUGUGGGAAAACAUCAAAAGAGAAUAAGCAAUGAUAUUUUACGUCCACAAAGUGCCUCUGUGGCUGAUGAUGUCUCAGGAGUUAAUCAACAAGUGUUCAGGAAUAUUGUUGAAGGAGAAGUGCAAGGUAGUAACCUAUAUCUUGCUAAGGCAUGGUUCCAUAGUUCUCAACCUAUGACAAGAAGUCGAUCAUCCGAGCUAAGGAGGAGGUACGCUGCAAUGCAAAGCAAUCAAAGCUCAUUUGGUAUCCAGUCCAUUUAUGACUUGUCAGGGCAUGCAAUGAAAUUAGAUGUUGCAUACUCGCAGGGUUUCAAUGACCUUUCUACUUGUGAGGUUCCAAACCAGCCUGUAACGUUUGCAUCCCCAUCCAAUUCAUCGGCAUCGACAUUCAAUGCAUCUACCAUGUAUGAUGUAGAUAAAAUUUCUUCAGUUGUAAACAUGCUAAAGGACACAAUAGAACGGAAGAAGCUAAAUAAUCAGAUUGAUAAAGAGGCACUGGAGGAUAGUUCAAACGCACAUUUUUGUGCUCAAGAAACUAUUGGCCACUCUAGUUUCAAUAGAAGCAGUAACAAUUAUUUACAUCAAACACCAAACUAUCUUCUGGAAGUCUCUCCUGUUCAAGUCAAGGAUAAUAGAAUUUUGGAAACGGUUGGGCUAUCAACAGAUAUUGAUUUCAAAGCUUUUGUAAAUCCUGUAAACCCCGUAAAUCCCGUACAGUCAGGCAGAGUUUCUCAAGAGCCUUCUCAAAGUGAAUCUUCUGCUGCAGCAGCAGUAGUUUCAUCCGGGUUUGAGGCAUAUGAUGGUCCUAGCAACUCAAAUCAAACUCAUAGCAACAGUGAGAGCUCAAGGAAACAAAUUGAAAAUGGAUCUCGAUCAAAAGAUUUCAGAGAAAGAAUAAUAGACAACUUGAAAGAUGAUAGAAAGAGGGGAAGUCUAGUCCGUAAUGGGUCCGUAACAUCAGCUGUUUCAGUGGACAAAGGGGAUCCCACAAAAAAGCGCCGGGUGGAACGAUCACGAAAAAUGGCAGAGGCGAAGGAGAGAAAUAUGACACCAACUAUUCCAUCAGAUAUGCAAUCAGUUCUGAAGCGGUGUGAUACUCUUGAGAAGGAAGUGCGGUCACUGAAGCUCAAUUUGUCCUUUAUGAAUAGGAAGGAUUCUGAGCAGACUAAGCAGAUAGAGGAUCUUCAAAAGCAGAAUGAGGACUUGGCAGAUGAAAAGGAACGCCUGCUUGAAGAGAUUGAAAGGAUUCUCUCAGAAACUGGCGGAAUUUAAAAAACUCGUAGUUGGACCUUGGGUUGGGUCGAUCGGUCUGCCUAUGGUGAGCAUCGGUUGGCUCGUCCCUUCUGCCGACGAUGCGCUCCUAGCCUUAACUGGCCGGGUCGUGCUUCAGUGUAGGGCCCAACAGUUAUGUGCAUUAGUAGUUUUGGGACUUUAUAACUUCUCAUCUCUGUAACUCUUAGAAAGUUCACAAACAGAUGGUUAAUUGGUUGUUUGCUAUUUGAGAGUUGAGAAAUGUAUGAAUGUCCUGAACAUUCGGUGACCAUAGAUAAGUACGGGCAGAUUAGUGUAAUUUGCUUCAAUCUGUUGUGUUCAGUGUUUUCUGUUUGGCUU